UAAAAUCCUUAGUCAUUUACGGUAGAAUUAAAACAGACGUAUGACUAAGCAAUAUGAUAUUCAUUUACUGACGAGAAAGAAAUAUAUAAUACUUCGAAUUAUGAGGUAACGUUUCUUCCUUGAAGAGGCAGUUGAAGCAUCGAGCAAAUAUAAGGCCUGCUACUGUUGUCAGCAAUUGAAUGAAGAAAAUAGAUAAUAUGUGCAGUGCAACAGGAUGCAAACAAAAACAGUUGUUGUACAAGGUUAAGCACAGGUACCGCGUAUCUAUAAAAAAGGACGUAGAGUAGCUGCAGUUCCAGUACCUAGUUUGUAAUUUGUUCUGUAUCCGAUUCUUCUAUUACGACGGUCGAGAUGAUGAAAUUGACUAUUUUGCUCGUCGUUGGCAUCAUCGCAAGACAGGCUAUGGCGACGAUCCCGAAGCCAUCGUGGGUGACAAAUAUGCCUCGUACGGUCAAUUUAAGCGCCAAGUCGGUCUUAAAGUUGACGAUUUUAUUGUUUGCGGGGGUUAUCUUAUCAGCGAGUACCAUGUCGUCACUGCUGCUCAUUGUCUCAUGGAUGAAAACGAUAACAAAAAAAUGGUUGUCGUUACCGGGACCAUCGUCCCGCUAGUGGACGGCGAGAGACACGAGAUCAGAUGCAUGCGUUUGCACCCCGAGUACGAUAAUACAAUAAAAACCAGCUGGAAGAACGAUGUCGCUGUGAUCACAUGGAAGACGCCGGUCAAACCAAACAACUAUCAGAGUCCGAUUCCUCUAGCGAGUAAGGAUCACACUACUAGUAAAUAUUACGGUACGAUAAACGGAUGCGGAAGGAUCGGUGUAAAUUUACGCUCCGCACUGAUGCUUAAAUAUGUCGAUGUGAAUGUUCUGAGCCAGGAACAAUGCUUGAACAGUCACAAUAAUCCACCAACCAAUACAAAACAUGUGUGUACUCUGGACAGAAUUGGGACAGAAGCCUGUGAUGGCGACAGCGGCGGUCCUCUUAUCGUCAACGGCGAGUUCUCUGGUGUCCUCUCUUGGGUCACAUCCUGCGUUCUGGGUAAACCUGAUGUAUUAACUAAUGUUUACUACUUCCGGGACUUCAUCAGAAGCGCCCAACUCACGUGCUGAUAACGCGAAUAAUUACAAUCGACCGGCAAGCUUCAGGCAUUCUCUAAAGUUUUAGUUUCCAUGUAUGAAACAUGCUAAUACUGUCAUUAUUAAUAUCUCCUCUAGAGCGAGUUAAUA